AUUACAGGAAACCCAGCUGAAGUGUAUGCUUAUGGAAGCCAAUGGUUUGCAACGACCUUUGGAGUGGCGUUGGGGAUCUUUUCCGCAAUGUUCAUCUUCGUCCCCUUCUUCCACAAACUUCAACUCAAUUCCGUCUUUGAGUAUUUCGAAAUGCGUUUCGGGACGAAGAGUGUCCGAAUCCUGGGGAGUGUGACAUUCAUCCUUCAACAAGUUUUGUAUAUGACUGUUGCCUUGUAUGCUCCUGUUAUCGCCGUUGCUUCCGUGACUCCUUUCGACGAAUGGACUGCGAUUCUCGUCGCAGGUGGCAUAUGUACCAUCUAUACCGCCAUCGGAGGCCUGAAAGGGGUAGUGUGGACGGAUGCACUGCAAGUACUCUUCAUGCUCGCUGGUCUCUUAUUGAUCGACAUUUACGGAACUAUGGAAGUUGGAGGACCAGGCAAAGUGUGGGAUAUCGCCUCUCAAUAUCAACGUGAUCAGAUAUUCAACUUCUCCUUGGACGUGUACGAACGACACACGUUUUGGAUGUUGGUGGUACAUUUUUGGAUCUCCUGGAUGGUCGCUCAUGGGUGCAAUCAACCAGCUGCCCAACGAUAUUGUUGCCUCAGCAAACUCUCGACUGCAUUCAAAGCCUAUCUUUGGAACGCUCCCUUGUCCAUCAUCUUAUGGAUCCUGGCGGCAUUCUCAGGGCUAGUCGUAUUCGCAAACUAUGCUGAUUGCGAUCCACUCAAGGCCGGAAUCAUCACGAAACAGGAUCAGAUCAUCCCUUAUUACGUCAUGGACAAGCUUGGCCACAUUCAUGGUCUACCAGGCAUUUUCCUAGCCUGUUUAUUCAGCGGAGCACUCAGCACUCUAUCAUCCGGUUUGAAUUCCCUUGCGGCGGUGACCUAUGUUGACGGUAUCAUGCUCACUUCAUUGAGAGGGAAAUUGACCGAAUUCCAGGCAGUCCUCCUCACCAAAUUCCUUGCCCUUGGAUACGGGAUCAUAGCAAUGGCUCUGUCCUUCGUGCUGUCCAAGAUGGAAUUGGGAGUGACAACAAUAGCCAUGAUCUUUGCCAGUAUGACUCAGAGUCCCCUGGCUGCCGUCUUCAUCGCAUCUAUGUAUCUCCCCUUCGUGAACAAAUAUGGUGCAUUCAUGGGACUAUUGGUGGGAAUGAGUACGACGGGGUGGCUCGCCAUUGGAACCAGGGUGCAUGGGGUGCCACCGGAGCCACCUCUACCCUCAUCUGUGGCUGGCUGCCUUCCUAAUACCACUCUUGUCUCUGAUAUUUCUUCUUCCGCCCUCUACUUAAAUCUCACCUCUCUCCCUCUAUCUGAUUCAACAUCAACUCAGCUUCCAUAUCCUCACGUGUACGAUAUGUCCUACCUCAUGCUGGGUCCUAUUGGAUUCUCAUCCGCUCUCGUCACCUGUAUCGUCCUCAGUCUAGUCACAGGCGGUUAUUCACUAGCUCAUCUGGACGAUACCCUCAUCGUUCCCACUGCAUUAAGAUGGUACAAGAAAUGGCGUGGUGUUGCCUUGUCGACCAGAAAGCCCAGCUUAAAAGCAGAGAUUCCAUAUCAGUUAUCGACAGAUUUGAUGAAAGAGAAGAGUCUCAUAGAGGAAGGAAGACUCUGACGUCAUGUUUGGAUUCCAUCUUUAACUUUUUCCCAUGCUGCUUCUUACAAUUGUUUCUCUAGCCAUCUGUCUUGACAAAAUGUCAGCUGUGGAUCGUGAGUCCGUCCAGAGCUUCAACACUCCUUUCCUCUCGUUUCUCAGUCUUAUGAAAGCACUCCUCUCCCAAUAGCAAAUAUCCCCCCCUCCCCUGUAACACUUGAUGAAAUGCAUACACGUAGGAACACAAUCUGUGUUGCUUCUUCGACUGCCGAUUAUUCCCAGAAAAUAUAUUCUAACCCUUUU